AUGGAUGAUAUUGGUGCACAAAGGAGAAUCGCCGUAAGAAACCACCACGGUGAAAAUCUCGUCGGAGUAUUACACGACGCUGCUUCCGCCGCACUUGUUAUCGUUUGCCAUGGUUUCCAAUCAUCCAAGGAAAGGAUCCCCAUGGUGAACCUUGCUGGUGCUCUGGAAAAAAAUGGAAUCAGUGCUUUUCGCUUUGACUUUGCCGGAAACGGGGAAAGUGAAGGUUCAUUUCAGUAUGGUAACUACUACAGAGAAGUUGAAGAUCUGCGAGCUAUAGUCCAACACUUCCGCGAGGAGAAAUAUGUAAUUACUGCAAUUGUUGGUCAUAGUAAAGGGGGUAAUGUGGUUCUGUUAUAUGCCUCAAAAUAUAAGGAUAUUCAUACCGUUGUCAAUAUAUCUGGGCGGUUUAACCUAGCAAGAGGCAUGGAGAGUCGCUUGGGAGAAAAUUUUAUACAGAGGAUCAAACAAGAUGGAUAUAUCGAUGUUAAAAAUAAAAGAGGGAAGAUUGUGUAUCGCGUAACUGAAGAAAGUUUAAUGGACCGUCUAAAUACUAUAACCCAUCUUGCCUGCUUAUCAAUCCCUGAAAAUUGCAGGGUGUUGACAAUUCAUGGAUCCAUGGAUGAAACUGUACCUUUAGAAGAUGCUUUAGAGUUUGCAAAGUUCAUAUCGAAUCAUGAACUGUGCAUCAUAGAAGGGGCUGAUCAUGAAUAUACUGCUCAUCAAGAUAAAUUGACCAGUUUAGUUUUGGACUUUAUCAAGGUUCAUAAUGAUAAGGAAAACACUACAUCUAAGCAGACACGAUUCAGAAGAGUAGAUAAACCUAUCCAUUCACGUUUCUAA